CAACAAAUCACGCUACAUUUCAAGAUUAAAAAUAUUUAAAACUCGAAAGAUGUAUAGGUAGCAAAUUACAACUAGAGACAUCUAGAAAUUCAUUUAUCUGCGAUGUACCCAAACGUAUUUACAGCGAUUGAGAAUCAGGUGGAGGAAAUCAUGAAUCUGAUUCGAUCAUCAAUUUCCAUUGCAAAAAAUCAAAAGUGCAAUUGUCGACAAGUGUAUUCCACUUGUGAACGAUGUAUCCAUGGGACACAAAAGCUGUUAUCAUCAGAGGAGAAAAGCGAUAAGGACAAAGAUUCCAACUCGGUAGACGAUAUGUCAGAACCGACGAAUUGUUGCAUGUCAGGAUGUGCUAAUUGCGUUUGGAUCGAAUACGCGGAAAAAUUAAGCGCCACUUUGAAAAAUAGCGAUGCGGACGUUCAGAAGAUGAUCUUGGAUAAAGUACAAGAUCCCAACAUGAGGGCGUUCCUCUCGAUGGAACUGCGAUUUCGAAAGAUCAUUAAGGAUUAAGUGUCAAAACACUUGAAACACUGUAUAUAUGUACAUAUGAAUAACGAGUUAGACAAUAAAUGUUACCGUUAAUUUAA